AUGACUCUAAAUAUUAAGAUUAUGAAGUUAAAUACAAUAGAAGGUGGUGGAGGCCGUGGAGGUCGUGGUGGUCAAUCUCGCGGACGUGGUGGCAGGGGUAGGGCUCCCGCCAGACACAAUGCUGGAUUACGCCGAGACACCUUAGAUGGUAGUGAAGAUCGAGUAAGGGAUCUACCGCCAAGAGGUGGCCAUCAAGGAGGUGCAGGCAAUUCAGGGUAUAUGGGUGGUAGACAAGGUCGUCCUCCAACUCAACGUAGAGAUCGUAGAGAUGAACGUCGUCGAACAACCGAUGAUGAAGAUACUGUUCUCGAUAGUCAAGAUGUUUCAAGUAUUGAUAGAGAAUCUGUAUCAAGUGUGGAGGGAGGACCUAAAGGCAUAAGGCGAAGACGACUUCGACGUUCUCGACAACGUAGUUCUACACCAACAAGUAAUCAAAAAGGCAGCAAUGCCGGUCCAGGAGACCAAUCAACUGUAACUAGUAAAGAAGGAACACCAGCCAAUGACGUUUCUACUACUAACAACAGUUCCCAAGGGCCUAAAGGCCAAAGAGAAUUACGGUCUCGUCGUAUGCAACAGAGCAAUAAGCCUAAGGAAGCUCUGGUUAACGGUACCAGUGGCUAAACAAUCAUUAUGGUCGACAACUGCUACUUACAUAUAACAUUACACCUGAUGAGAGCUAUUAACACCCAGCACAUAACAUGACGCAUACCUACGCAAAGACUACACGAUUAUGGAUCGCGACAUGAUUAGUCUACGCUCGUUGUUAAGACUGUUUGCUACCGAUAAGAAUACGACUGUUGUUUAAGAAAUCGUCAUUCUCCUUAAACACAUUUAAGGACACAUAUUAAUAUCCAUGCAUGGUUUAGUUUAAUGAUAGUGAUUAUGCUAUCAUGUUUGAUAUAUGGAUACAUUCAUUGGGAGAUAGUAGAAGCAUCUAAAAAAGAAUCCCCUGAUUGUGAAACUGUGCCUCAUUUUUAUACCAAGCUCCCAACUUGUGUGACAGUAAUUUGGAUGUACUGUAAAGUACUUCUUAAUCACUUGAAAAAAGAUCUAAUAAUAGGCUGGAUAUUUGUGGCUCGUAUGUCAAUUAUCAAUUUGAAUAAUUUUCGCCUAGAUGUGUCGCUAUUAUUAUAAAAAAAAUAACACAAUACGUACAAAAACGCAGGAUUUAAUCAAUUUUAUUCUCUUUCUUUUUGUUUUUUAUCUUUUACAUCAUUGCAAUAAUUGUAAUAAAGACAUAUUUGACAUAUGAACAAAAGUACGUGUUUUGUGUUAUUUUAUAUUCACAUAUAAAAACAAAAAAUCAGUAAUUGAACAUACUGGGUAUAAAACAUUUUGCGACAAAA